GUUUGGUGACUGGAUUAAGGAGCAUUUGGCAUGUGUUGAUGAGGAGGGGUUGAUAUAAGAGAGCGCGGGGAGUGUGGCUUCACCACUCAGAGAAGAUGUCCUCCAAGGUGCUGCCACUUCUCCUACUGCUGGCCGCUGCCGCUGAAGCACAGUGGGAGUGUACAGCUUACCAGUGCGCUGGUGAAGACAAGUGUAUUCCUUCACGCUACGUUUGUGACGGCUGGCUCGACUGUCAGGACGGCGACGAUGAGUCCCAGUGCACGCACUGCAACGAAGGUUUCUAUCGAUGCGAGACGUCUAAGAACUGCAUCGUAGAGCACUUCAUCUGUGAUGGCGUUGAAGACUGUGUUGGUGGUGACGACGAACUUAACUGCACCGUGAGCACCGCGACGCCGGUGUGUGACGAGGACCAGUACCAGUGCUUGGAAGGUCUGUGCAUCAACAAGGUGUUCGUGUGUGACGGCUACAAGGACUGCUCCUUCACAGAGGACGAACACGAGUGUAGUGAGUGUAGCGAGGGCUUCCACUGCCUCGACGACCUGUGUGUUGCUGACAUGUUCGUCUGUGACAACUAUGAGAACUGCCAGAGGGGCGAGGACGAGGCUCUCUGUGACUGCGGCCCCACCGACUUCCACUGUAGUGACGGCGACUGCAUCCCCAUAGAGUUCCACUGCGACGGCUUCGUGGACUGCUUUGGUGGCAGCGACGAGGCCGACUGUGGAGUGAUGGUAGUCCCGCCUGCGGCCAGGCCCCGCAGGCCCCGCAGGCCCCGCCGCCGCAGACCCCACCGCCAGAACAAGCUCCGCAAGCUGGACACUUUCCGCAGGAAGUAACUCUACUGACACCAGUGCCUUCACCUCCGCCAUCUUUACGACGGCGCCUCGACGCCACUCUGGAGUCUGCAUGGCGCGAAGGUCACUGACUGUCCUGGUUGGCUCAGUGGAAGACCAGGAGUUAAACAAAAUUAUAUAUACGGGCUCACCAUAGCCCGUGCUACUUGGAACUUUUGUUUCAGGUAGCGAAACUUUAACAAAAACAACAACCACCAGGAGUCUUGGAUAUAUAAACUAUAUUAGUUAUAUCUUGCUUCAAUUUACCCGAGUCCCACAUUAGUAAUAAUUAUUACUGUGUAUUCAUUUUCUAUAAAUUCCUUUCUCAGUAGAGCAUGUAUGUGUUUAUGAUUUUUCUUAAAUAUAUAUAACAUCAAAUUG